AUGACAAGAAAAUCACUGCAGGAUAUUAUUCAAGAACAAAACGCCAAAAACCCGAUUUCAAGACAAGCACCAAAAAGAGGAUGGAUUUCUCGUAUGUUGUAUGCGGAUAGAGCAAGUAGAUCAACUCCAACAAGACAAUUAUCAAUCUUUGUUCCUACUCUUUUUGUUUGUAUGAUGGCGACUGUUAUGAUGAUGAAAAACAAGCUCUCCGUUAAAUUUGAAGAUAUUGAUGACAAUACUAAACAACAAUUAGCUGAUCACAGAGAGAAGGUUAAUGAAUUGUUCCGAGAAAAGAGGGACGCUGACAUGGAUGAAGUCUUGUUGGACUAUGAAGUCAGAUUGUGGUCCAAUGGUUACCAAAACAAGCCAGUUCCAAGAUCUAUUGAAGAGAAUGAUUCUAACGAUGAAGAUGAUGAUGCUGGAGAUGAUUAA